AUGGGUGUCUCUGUCGCGCUGAAUACGCCGCUGGCCGAUGCCCUGAAUGAAGUAGUGCAGCCGAAGCUGGUCGAACUCGGCUGGAGCACCGGUGGCGGGGACGAUUCUGCGCUCGCGGAGUAUGUUAUACUGAUGCUUGUCAACGGAAAGACGCAGGACCAGAUCUCAGCAGAGCUAGCAAACGACCUGCUCAGCCUCGGACCCGAAGAUACAGAAGCGGCGGAGUUUUCCAAAUGGUUGUUCGAGCAGGUUGAGACGCUGGACGUGCGGUUAAAUGGCGCUUCGAAGGAAGCACCGCAAGAACAGCCUCCACAGGCGAUACCAUCCUUUUCAGAUGAAGCAAACGGAGGAAAUGGGAACGUGACCCCCGCCGAUACGUCUGUAUCGCAGUCAGAUAUGGAUAUGGACGAAGGAUCCGGCCCUGGAACCGAUGCUUUGGUCCCAACCGGCCCCAGGAAUAUGAGGAGCCAGAAACAUAAUGGCCGCGGCAGAGUUCUUCACCGAGUUCGAAGCCAACAGGGAACGGAGAGGAUAAACUCGCACCGAGAUGGCUCCAAGGGUGGCAGAGGCGGUCGAGCCGGCCACAGGAUGCAGACGGGGAGGCACAUGGGCAAUAACAUGCCGAUGGGUAUGGGGAUGGGUAUGGGGAUGAAUAUGGGCAUGGGCAUGGGCAUGAAUCACAAUCAGAUGCAGAACAUGCCUCAACCAAACAUGAUGAACAUAACCCAACAGCAGCAGAUGCAGAUGAUGUCUAUGUUUGAGGAACAAGCACGUAUGAUGUCUCAGCUCAUACCUGGCUUUGUACCCCCCGCGAUAAAUCCAGCCUUCCAGAAUGGACCACCGCAACAGCCACAGGGACGAUCUCUCUUUGAGCGUGCGGAAUUCCACCCGGGCCGACGAGCUCAUGAUAAACAGCUCCAGCCCUCGCAGGAGGCGACGGCAGACGUUGAAAUGGACGGCGACGGGGGUAAGCCGGCCGAUGAAAAACCGCAACGAGAAGUGCCGGGCCCGGACUCUGUCUGUCGAUUCAACCUGAGAUGCACGAACAAGGACUGCCCGUACGCCCACCAGUCCCCUGCUGCACCCGAGGGAGCCAGCGUCGACGUGAGCGACCACUGUCCCUACGGAGCUGCCUGCAAGAACCGGAAAUGCGUUGCCCGACACCCAUCCCCAGCUCAGAAGGCGGUCCAUCAGUCAGAAGAGAUCUGUCGAUAUUUCCCUCACUGUACCAACCCAAAGUGCGCCUUCAAGCACCCAAGCAUGCCGCUCUGUCGGAACGGCGCGGACUGCUCGACUGAGGACUGCAAGUUCACACACAUCCAGACACCUUGCAGAUUCAAUCCUUGUCUAAACCGCACAUGUCCAUAUAAACACGCCGAAGGCCAGCGCGGAGUGUUCAGCGACAAGGUAUGGCGUGCAGACGCCGCAAAGGCAGAGACGCCACACGUCAGCGAGAGGAAGUUCAUCACAGACGAAGAAGAAGAGCUCAUCAAGCCGGGUUCAACACCGUCCAACGACGCUGGAAUCAUCACCUAA